AUGGCUCCCCACGCAACUGAAAACGGCACCGAUGCCACGUCCUCAUCGGGUGGCCUCGACUUCACCACCUUCUCCAACGUGAUUGACGGCAAGCUCACGUCCACCGAAAAGACUCGCCAUGGAAUCAACCCCGCCACCGGGAACCCGAACCCCGAGGUGCCCGUCUCGACGCCUGAGGAUGUGGACGAGGCCGUAGCAGCGGGCAAGAGGGCGUUCAAGACAUGGGCCAAGACACCGUACGCGGAGAGGCAGAAGGCAAUGCUUGCAUUUGCGGACGCCCUGGAGAAAGAGAGAGACGGAUUUGCGAAGAUGUUGACGCAGGAGCAAGGGAAGCCACUUCAUUUUGCCUACUUUGAGAUGGACUUCACACUUCAGAUCAUCCGAACCAUGGCAAACCUAGAGCUUCCUACCGAAGAGAUUGUCGACGAAGCCGAUCGGAAGAUCAUUGUUCGGUACACUCCGCUCGGGGUGACCGUGGGCAUUGUCCCAUGGAACUAUCCUGUCUUGCUGUGCUGCUCCAAAAUUGCCCCAUGCGUCGUCACGGGCAACCCCAUCAUCAUCAAGCCGUCCCCGUUCACCCCCUAUGGCGGACUGAAGUUGGUGGAAUUGGCGCAGAGAUUCUUCCCACCGGGUGUCGUCCAAGCCGUCAGCGGAGACGACAACCUUGGCCCGUGGUUGACGGCUCAUCCUGGUCCUGCAAAGAUUAGCUUUACAGGCUCCAGCGCCACUGGUAAGAAAGUCAUGGAGUCAGCGAGCAAGACGCUCAAGCGUGUUACAUUGGAGCUUGGUGGGAAUGAUCCUGCCGUCAUCUGUGACGACGUGAACGUUGACGAAGUUGCUCCAAAGAUUGCGACCCUCGCUUUUCUGAACUCUGGCCAGAUCUGUCUGGCUCUCAAACGUAUCUUUGUGCACGAGAAGAUCUUUGACCAAUUCCGAGACAAGAUGGUCGAAUACACCAAGACUUUGAAACUCGGCGAAGGCUUCGAGAAGGAUGUCUUCCUUGGCCCAAUCCAAAAUUCUAUGCAGUACGAGCGGGUCAAGGGCUUCUUCAAUGAUAUUGAGAAGGAACAGUACAACGUUGCGAUUGGCGGCAAAAACCCUGAUGGGCCGGGAUAUUUCAUCACGCCGACAAUCAUCGACCGUCCAAAGGAGGACUCGAGGCUGGUUGUCGAAGAACCAUUCGGCCCCAUCGUACCUCUCUUGAGCUUCAGCACCGACGAAGAAGCCAUCGAAAAGGCCAAUAACACCACGUACGGGCUUGGUGCUUCCGUGUGGUCGGGCAACAUCGAACGAGCUUCAAAGAUUGCCCAGGAGCUUGAAGCCGGCAAUGUGUGGGUGAAUACUCAUUUCGAGCUUGAUGCAAGAGCACCGUUUGGUGGCCACAAGGAGAGUGGCAUCGGGACCGAGUUUGGUGUCGGUGGGUUGAAGUCGUACUGCAACUCGCAGACCUUGUACUUGAAGAAGUGA